AUUUGGCAAAAAAAAUAUCAAGUAUUCGCAAUGAUCUUUAUCAAAAGAAUAAUACAUUUUUGAAUAACGCACGUACUGAUCGUAAAAUAAUAAUACAUAAGUGUAUAUUCCCAUAUGAGUAAUAGACGGACGAUAUUUUAAAUUCGAGACACAAAUGGUAUAUCAGCGUGGGAAUCAGAAGGAAGGCUCUCCGCAUUAUGUAUUUCUUUAUUCAGAUGAUGAAAAUAGCGGAGAUGAGGAAAAUUUUCCCUUACAGCCACGCACUAGUUCUACAUCUUCCCCGCGUAAAGUGGAAGUGAUCAAUGUGAUAGUCAAACCGGAGGAUACAUUGCAAGCAUUAGCACUCAGAUACAGAUGCACGAUAUCAGAAUUGAAAAGAAUCAAUAAGAUUCACAAAGAGAAUGAAAUAUAUGCUCGAAGAUCCAUAAAAGUGCCAAUUCAACCAUUUUCUAUUUUAACAGAAGGUUUGGAUCAAACUUCCGACAUAAGCGAGGAAAAAUUAGAUACUACUGUACAAUCUGAAUCAGGAACUAUCGCAAGAGUGCAACCAUUAAUAAAUUUAGUAAAUGUUUCUGUUCCUAUUGAUCUUCCUAAAACAGAAAUUAACAGUAUUAUACUUAAUUCGGUAUGUGAACCUUUAGCAUCGUACAAAUCAAAUAAUUUGCCAGAAACAUCUUAUACAGAAUAUGAUCAAUUACUUAAUUCUACAGAAAGUGAGGUAAUAGAAUCACAUUUCAUGGACUCGUUUAAAUGUUCUGGUGAUGAUUGCGGGUUAUCAUGGACUCAACUUUUAGGAGUUUCUCUGCUCUUAGGUUUUGCUGGUCCUAUUAUAUACAUACUGUAUAUAGCCGAAUAUUCUACUAAGACAAACCAUUAAAGUAACAUAGCAUAUAGAAAUAUAUGAGAACAGCAUAAUAUUUAAUGUAUCUUUGUGAUAAUAGAAAUUCUUGGAAUAAUAUGCAAAUUGCAUUGUUUUAAAGCAAUUUACUGCACAUAAGAUUUUACUGACGUUUAUAGGAUAUAAAUAUAAAUUUAUAUCGAUCAUCGGAUCGGUAUCAAAAUGAAAAAUAACGAAAGUAUGGCGAGUGCGAGUGUAUUAGAUUAUAAAUUUUAAUUGAUCAUAUGAUAAGUUAAUAUUGUAGAUAUAAAUCUAGGAACUGUCUAAAUGUCAAUUUGAUUUGGAUCAUUAUCGAAUUUAGCUUGUAGAAAAUCAUAAAACAAUGUUUUCUUACGAAUCAAUUUCGUGUGAAACAAGCACAUAACUAUACUAUAGUUUGCGAAUGCCCAGUGUUAGUUGUCUAAAUCUGUUUCAAAUACAUGUGAUUUAGAAAUUAGAAUCUCUAUAUAGUAAGUACUAAAAGAAGUGCCUUUAUAUGUCUUAAUUGAUAAAAGAAUAUACAAUAUUCACUUUUACUCAAAAA